GCAACGGCGUAAACGUCAUCAUAUUAUAUCCUUUGUGUACGAAUGCAUAAGAUUUUCCCUCUGCAUUUUUUUUUUUGGUUUGUACUUUUUUUCUCUGAAACACAACAAUGGCGUCGACGACGAAGCCCGGUCCCGCAAUCAACCUUGAAGAAGAGGCGGAAGGCGACGGUGUAGCCGUAGACGAUUCGAUUUUCAUACCGGAGGCUACGAGCUUGCUCGUUUGUUACUCUCCGUUCGACGACAGCGACAUCGAUUGCAAUCCUUAUUUCCCUUUCUCAGGACUAAUUUCAGAUUCUGGAUCAGGUUCUUACUCGGAUUCAGAACCCGAUCCGUACAUAUGUCCCAUCGAUUUCUUCGAUCGAGAGUCUUCUUCCGAGGUUGACACGUCUGAGUACUUGGAAUCGGAAAGGCUGACCUCCGGUGAUUUCAAUAUUUGGGGAUUUUAUGACCCCAAGGAAGACGAAGAUGAGAUAGUUUUGGGAACUAGAUGUGUAUCUGGAUCCGGUUCAGGAUCCGUGUCGGAUCAUCAACCGGGUGAGCAAGGUCUUCGAGUGACCGGUAUCGAUUCGGAUUCCGAUUAUGACGAUGACGUGUUUGGUUAUACCUCAGAGGAUAGUGGGAAUAGAGCAAAUGAUUCGGGUCGGGUCGAGGUUGGUACGGGUCUCCCUCCUGUGUGGGAUGACGUCUUCGGUGAGGAAACCAUCUUGGCUGAUGAAGAAUGGGAGGAAGUGCAGAACGCAAUUAACUGGACGGAUAGGGAGUUUGGUAGACCUGAAGAAGAAGAAGAAGGUGAAGAUGAAUUGUCUUCACUAUCAAGGGAUGAUGAUGAUGAAGAGCAUGAACUGGACUGGCAGGUUUUGUUAACUGUUAACAAUGUUGUUAAUUAUAUCGAACAAGCUGAAGGAAUCUUGAUAAACCCUGAUGAUGAUAUCGAUCCGAGUUAUUACCUGUAUCUAGCUAGUUUGGAUGAAUUUGAUGAAAACCAUAGUGGACAUUAUGAUGCUGAUGCUAUUCUUGGGCAAAUGUUUGAUAACGAGACUGGAAUCUGGGGAAAUCCUCCAGCAGCCAAAAGUGUAAUUGAGGAUCUUCCAGUUGUGGAAUUUACAGUGGAAAAAUUAAACAAAGGGAACAUUGUUUGUGCGGUGUGUAAAGAUGAAAUUGUAGUGGAGGAGAAAGUAAGGAGGCUUCCUUGUAGUCAUUUCUAUCAUGGAGACUGUAUUAUGCCUUGGUUGGGGAUGAGGAAUACUUGCCCUGUUUGUCGGUAUGAGCUGCCUACUGAUGAUCUUGAGUAUGAAAGGCAUAAGAGCUCACAAAGCAGCGAUGCCGGUUUGCCAAGUAACUUACCCGGUAGACAUAGUUAAUUGAAUUUGAAGUUUCUGUUGUUCAUGUUAAUUAGCCAGGCAAGAUCCUUAAUCCACUUUCUUUUAUGCAGAAGUCCAGCGUUUCUUACAGAUUCGAUGGAGUUUGUAAAAGUAAUAAAAGUCUUAUGUACGCCCUGUGACCCUGUCGCACUGGUAUGUUAUGCUACAUGUCUGAUCUGAUUGUUUUUCCCCUCUAUGAUUUUUAGAGAACAAAUCGGAUGUAAUCUGUAUGACUGUACUGUAUAUAGUCUCUUGUCAACCCGACAAAAUGUUGAAACAGGUUUAUCUCUUUUGUUUAAACAAGUCGGAGACUCUUGUUGUCUGUGAGACUUGCACUCUCAGUGGGAAAAACACUGAACAUCGUGAUGUUUUUUU